AGAAAAAUCUUUAAAAAACCCGCAUCUAUUUUUGUGCAUUUUGUUUUGCUCUGUCGCGGUAGAGUGUUAACAACAAAAAACGUAAUAAAUCAGAAAAAAAAUCUGUACGUGUGUUAUACACACCUAAGUGUCCUGCAGGAAGGACAUCGGAUUCGUUUCACGGUCUGCUACAUGCCCACCCGCUGUUUUUCCGGAUUCACAUUCACGGAUUAUUCCCAAUUGUCGCAUUUCAUCAGCAAGGAAAACAACACGUAGUGUUUUCGGAAAUUUGUCGAAAAAAACAAAAUUCUCACAGAGUUCUCUAAACGAUCUUGAACUAUCUACAAGAUGGGCGAACUCGAGGAGAAGGAAACCCCACCAACUGAGACCACAACCAGCCAACAGGAGGCAUUGGACGAGCCCAAGGAAACCGACAAAAUGCUAGACAAAAAGGAAGACGAUGCCAAGGAGAAGAGUCCCAGUCCACAGACCUCCAAGCCAGCAUCCCCAAACGCCGGCAAGAAAUCCUCUCCGGUGGCGGAAAAGAAAGCCAUCGAAGGUGAAUCGCAAAAGCCCGGAAACGGUGAGGAGAUCAUCGACAUUCCGGCCGAGAAUGGUACCAAGCCAUCGGAAGGUGAUGACAAAAAAAUCAGCAAGGAGGAGCGCGAGGUCAAGCCCAAGAAGAUUCCCAUCGGAGGUCUCAAGCUGCCCGGCUUCUUCAUGAAGAACAAGCCCAAGGCGGAGGGAGACGGUGCCGAGGGUGAGCUGCUCGAAAAAGAGAAGGAGGAGGACAAGGACAAGGAGGCCAAUGGUGAUGCCGCCACCAGCUCGGGAAAAGAUGAGCAGAAACCUCGUCCCGGACUGGGAGAACGUCUUCGUAGCUUCUUUGUGCGAAAACCCGCUGCCGAAAAGGAGAAGAAGCAGCUGGUCAAUGGCGAUGCUGAUGCCAAGUCGGAAGCUACUGCCGAAGCUGCUCCCGCAGAAGAUGGUGCCGAGGCGCCUCCCAAGAGGGGACUCCUGAACGCCAUUAAACUGCCCAUUGCCAACAUGAUUCCCAAAAAGAAGAACAACGACGAUGUGGAAUUGGGACUGGGCAAGGCCGGCCUGGCAUCCAUGGAGACCCUGGACGAUUCCCUCAAGGAUCAGGACACUGUGGAUCGUGCUCCGGUCAAGACCAACGGCACUGAUGAGAUCAAAAGCGAUCUGAAGGACGAGAAGCUGGCCGCUGAACAGAAACUGGCCGCCGAGGAGGAGGAACGUGAGAGACCCGUACCCCUUUUGACCCGCCUGCGUGGCUACAAGUGCAGUGUGGACGAUGCCCUGAUUGUUUUCGGCAUCCUGCUGUUUGUCCUCCUUCUGGCCGUGAUUGGCUAUGUCCUGACCCACGAGACCCUGACAUCGCCUCCUCUGCGCGAGGGACGCUUCAUUGUGGCUGUGACUAGUUGUGGACCCGUCGAGGGCGUGAAGGAGGAUGGAGCCUUUGCCUUCCGUGGAAUCCCCUAUGCCAAGCCACCGGUAGACGGUUUGAGGUGGCGACCAGCCGAACUGGUGGACAGCAUCGAUGGCUGCUGGAACGAUACCUUGCAGACCCACAACAGCAGCGUGGUGUGCACACAGAGACUGGGCAACGGAACUACUGUGGGCGACGAGGACUGUCUGUAUCUGGAUGUGGUCACUCCACACGUUCGUUACACCAAUCCCCUGCCUGUGGUGGUCCUGAUUGGAGCUGAAUCCUUGGCCGGACCGUCGCCUGGCAUUCUUCGUCCAUCGGCCCGCUACUCUCGCUCCCACGACGUCAUCUUUGUGCGUCCCAACUUCCGACUGGGUGUCUUCGGCUUCCUCGCCCUGGAUGCUCUGACCAAGGAGACUCGUCCCCCCACUUCCGGAAACUAUGCUCUGACCGACAUCAUUGCCGUGCUCAAGUGGAUCAAGCUGAACAUUGCGAACUUCGGUGGCGACCCGAAAUCGGUUACAUUGCUGGGUCAUCGCGCUGGUGCCACUCUUGUUACUACCCUGGUGACCUCCAACAAGGUGAAGGACCUCUACACCAGGGCGUGGGCCUCAUCUGGAUCGGCUAUCCUGCCCGGAAGGCCUCUGAGCGUGUCGGAGAAUCUCAACCAGCAGCUGAUGGGCACUUUGGAGUGCGCUGAUGUUGACUGCCUGCGCGAGGCCUCCAGCGAGCGACUGUGGGCUGCCACUCCGGACACCUGGCUGCACUUCCCCGUCGACAUCCCCCAGCCCCCAGAAUUCAACGCCAGCGGUCAGCGACACGAGUGGUUGGUGCUCGAUGGUGAUGUUCUCUACCAACAUCCUUCCGAGUCGUGGAAGAAGGAUCAGCCGACAGACAAGCCCCGGCUCGUUAUGGGAGCCACUGCCCACGAAGCACACACUGAGAAGCUGCGCGAAUUGCACGCCAACUGGACCCGCGAGGAGGUGCGUGCCUAUCUGACAAACUCCCAAAUCGGUGCCAUGGGACUAACGGAAGAGGUGAUCGAGCGCUACAACGCCAGUAGCUAUGCGUCGCUGGUGUCCAUCAUCACAGAUAUUCGCACUGUCUGCCCGCUGCUCACCAACGCGAGACUGCAAGUGAGUGUGCCCUUCUACGUGGUCACCCAAGGCGAGGGCCCGGAUCAGCUGGCCACCGUGGACGCCGAUGUUCAGGCCAUUCUGGGACGCUAUGAGCCCCAUACUGUGGAGCAGCGUCGCUUUGUUUCCGCCAUGCAACAGCUCUUCUACUACUAUGUAUCCCAUGGAACGGUGCAGACCUUCGAGCCCCAGCGACGGGUCAUCAAUGUGGGCCAGGAUGCGCAAUCGCAGGAGGACUUUGAGCCCUGCAACUACUGGAUCAGCAAGGAUAUAGUGCCGCGAUAUGCGCGCGUCGAUUAAGGAAGCCCCAAUCCUAGCCACCCAAUCGCUGAAGAUAUCUUUAAACCUUCGAUACCCAACUGAGGAUUGGUCUAACUAACAGACUAUAACCUUUUUGAAGAUCUCGUUCACUUCAGUGUUUCAAAUCAUGUUCUCCUGGAUGUUUUCUGAUCCAAAAAGGUCCUGGGAGUCAUAGCAUUUGUCAUUCAAUCUUUUGAUAUUCUUUUGAGAAAGUUCUUCUGGAAAAUUUCGAGAAAAUCGCGACUGUUUCCCAAUCCUCAGUUGGCUAGUUCUAGAUCUUCGUUUUUCCCCCGACUUCGUUUCGAGUUUAGUUUAGCCUAAGUGAAUCUAGUGUUUAUAUAUAUAUAAAGAUAUGUCUAUCGGAUUACUGUACAUUUAGUUCUCUUGCAGUUUAAGUUUAAGUUCUGUAAGCUGACUCCAUACGUCUCGACAUUACGUAUAUUUGCUAAUCUUAACUUUAAUAAAUACACACAAAUCACACACAGACACAAAAAACACAAAUAAAACACAACAAAAUAUACAAAAUUAUACUUGAAAAGUAUAGAUCUGCGUCUUUCAACUACCCGACAACACUAAUCUAUACGAAUAACUAUGCUAUAAAACCCAUAUACAACUAUAUGUAGGAGCACAGGCCACAUAUAAAAUAGAAACAAAACCAGCAAAACGACCAACGAUUUAACGUUUUUUGAUACAAUUUUUACAAUACUCAAGACUUGAAGGACUCCUCCAGGAAGUAAACCGAAUUCAUUUAGACUUAGUUAGAUGGCCGCUUUGAGAACGAGCAAUUUUCCAAAUAUUACAAAAAUGUUGAAAACAUUUCGAGAGACUGUCCGGAAUGAAUUUAUUCAUCUAUUCGCUCAUUCCCACAAAAAAAUAACUUCACUUAGGAGGCAUCUAUAAAUGCGCAUAUAUAUGUAUUUAAACACAGAAAGGAUAUUGUAUGGAUAACACAUUUUUGUAUAGCUUUAUAUGUAUAUUAUUAAUCGAACCAACAUUUUCUAUUGUUUUUUUUUUUACAAAAACUUAAUCACAACCGACUACGACAAACAUUCAAAAUUGAAAUCCAGAAUCAAAAUCGGAACAUGAAGUACAUUAAAUUUAUGUUCAGAGAAAACUUGUACGCAAGAUGUUUAAAAAUAAAUGGAAAAUAUGAAAACUUA